UUAUUAUUGUAAAUGAACAAUAAUUUUUUAAUUAGCUGAGUAUUCCAACUGAAUAAAUAAUAUGUAACCUUAGAAUAUUAACAACUAGGCCGAGUUUGGAUUAAUAAUAAAGAUAAUAUCAUAAUGAAUAGGAAAACCUUUGCAAUUCUUAUUGCGUCAAAUAUUACGAUGUCAACCACCUAUAUGCUCUUUGUUCCAUUCAUCCCCAUUGAGUUUGCUAAGUUUGAGAUCUCAGUUCUGACUUUGGGCUACAUCUACGCGACUUAUCCUCUAGUCAGCAUGGUGUUUUCCUUAUGAGUCAUCACUCUCAUGCGCUGGUUUGGUAGAAAAUAGAGUCCUAUUGUGUAAGUAUCUUAUCCAACUCAUGUUGUUUAGGUGGAAUCACUUUGAUGAUCGUCUGCAUGAUCACUUUUGCAAUUUGAGGCAAUCUCAAGAACAAAAGUAAAGUAGUCUGUUUUCUGUUUGGAGCUAGGAUCAUGCAAGGAGUUGCCGCAUGAAUGGUAACAACUUCUACAUACGCAAUAAUUGCUGUCUCUUUUGCUAGCCAGAAAAUGACUUACCUUGGCUACGGAGAAUCAGCAAAAGGAGUUGGAUGAUCAUUUGGUCCUGUGCUUGGUUCAAUUCUGUACUCUUUAGCUGGAUUCCAAGGGACAUUUUUCAUAAUGGCUUGAGCAUUUUCAUGCAUGUUGUGUCUAUUGUACUGGCUCAUUCCAAACUCAGUUGAUAUCAAUGACUCCAAAGUAAAUGAAGAAAGUAUUUUGGUGGCACAUGACCAGGAAAGCUUAACCUCAGUCUCUAAAUUUUCUUUCACUAAACUGCUUAUAGACCCUUUGUUCUUACUUACUUCGAUCUGAGGGUUUUUAUGUUUCUUUGCCUUUUGAUACUAUGAAGCAGUUCUGACAGUGAGACUUGUAGAGUUCAAUCUUUCUAAAUUUGGAAUAGGCUUAGUAUUUAGUAUUUCUCCUGUUACAUAUUUCGUCAUGAAUAUUUUCUCUUCCUUCUUUAUUGAGAACUUUGACCCUAAAAAAUUGAUCAUGUUUGGAAUACUCUUGACUGGAUGUUCUUUAUUUUUAAUGGGUCCAAGCACUUUACUUCCGAAUAGUUUGGUCAUUUUAUCAACAGGACACUUGAUCAUGGGUGCAACUGAAGUGAUAUUUAUGCUCCCAAUACUUCCAAUUCUCAUUAAAGCUGGAGUAGACAAAUAUCCAAAGCAUAAGUAUUUAAUUUCAGAUAUUUCAUCAGGAGUGUUCAACUUUUAUUUAAUGCUUGGCCAAGGAUUUGCACCAAUUUAUGGAAGCUAUGUCACUGAGUAUUUUGGGUACAGAAACUGUGCAACAUCAAUAGGUAUUUUACUGAUCUGAUAUUGUCUGUUAUAUUAUAUCUUGUAUAACCUACUAUCAAAACCUAAACUGGGGGUAUCUAAUGAAUCAUCGAGUGAAGAGCAAUUUAAAUCAAGAAAGAAAAUCUAA